GUUGUUUAAAAUGGUUCUUUCAGUUAUAAAUUUCAAGGAAAUACUAUUACAAACUUACGAAAACAAAGCCUGUGUAUACGGAUAUCUUAUAUGACUGUUUAUGUGAGGAUAUUUGUGCUUGAAACUGGUUGAAGUAAGAAUAUAAUUUGCUUUAUAUUUUAAGAACGGUGAGUAUAAAAUAUGACAUCAAGCUUAUAUUUGGACAAGAUUUGUAGAGCACAGCGAUCAGUAGUACUAAGCAUCUAAUACUUGCUUUAUUUUCAAUUUAGCAAAACAGCGAGUAAAUAUGGCAUCAAAUUAUCCACUCGGGUACGAUGACGAAAGAUUCGAGUCGAUAGUGAACCAAAAUUUCCACUGUUUGAUUUGCUACAACGUAUUGAAAGACCCUGUGACGUGCCGCAGAAACGAGCACCAUUUUUGCCGCGGCUGCAUCACGGAACAUCUUCGUACGAAUUCCCAUACAUGCCCAACGUGUGCUGACGAGCUGAGUGUCGAAACAUUGCAAGACGUUCCAAGAAUUGUGAAGAAUUACUUAAACGAACUAAGUAUACGUUGCGAUCAUUACGACAGAGGAUGUCGAGAACUCGUACAGCUGCAGAAUUUAAAGCGACAUGUCGUCGAAUGCGGGUUUACUCCAGUCGUUUGUGGAAAUCAAGGUUGUGGUGAGACAAUCAGUAAAAGAGAUCGUACAUAUCACGAGAGUGAACUGUGUCAAUUUAGAAAGUUGAAGUGUCACAACUGUGGAGAAAUCAGCACGAUGAUGGCGGGAAUGAAAACGGAAGUCGCAAACCUGAACACAAACAUCAACACGAAUCAGGCGGAUACCCGAACGAAAUUGGCAAACACGAACACGAACAUGGCAAAUAUUAGAACUGAAAUAGCAGAUGUAAAAACGAAAAUGGAAAACACGAACACGAAACUGGAAAACAUGAACACGAAAAUGGCAAAUUUGCACGCGAAAGUGGAAGCGAAAUUCGAAGCGAUGAAUAAUGAAGUGAGAGAAGUGAAAAUAAGUUUAAAUGAAGUAAAAGAUGGCUUUGAUCACUUGAAAGAAACAGUACUUGAGAAGAUAGAGAGCAAAGAAAGAAAGCAGGAGGAAAUCACAAGAGAUGUAAGUGGCACAGCGAGUGGCGGGAGAGAAAAUCAACAUAUAUUUGUUGCUGGUGGUUUUGGGAGAAACUCGGUAGAAAUAUUUAACUACCGUCAAAGAUUGUGGUCUUUAUUAAAGCCCAUGCCAGAGAGUCGUAACGGCGCAUCUUCAUUUCUCUACAAUAAUCACGUGACUGUGGCGGGAGGUUAUUGUGAUGCUGCUGUAGAUAGCAUGAUCCGAAUGAACAUUCACCCAGUCCGCGAUCUCUCACAUAACUGGAGUGAUUUUGCUGCCAAACUUCCUGCCAAGAUGUCUGCACACAGCAGUGUGGUGUACAAGGAUAGCUUGUUGGUUACUGGCGGUAUUAAUGAAGAUCAAGAUCUCUACUUUGACUGUAUUCAUGAAGUUCAACUUAAACCACCUUACACUGUUAAACUGGUAUCCAAGAUGCCUGAACCAAGAGUUCAUCACAGCACAGUACUGUGUGAUGAUAGUAUUUUGAUCGUUGGGGGAAAGAAAUCAUGGGACUGCGAACACACCCUCAGCAGUGUGUUAAGCUAUGACAUCAAGAAGAAUGAAUGUCAACAGUUACCUGCGCUUCCCUAUCCAGUGAGUCAAAUGGCGACAGUCAAGUGGGCUGAGAAUGUCGUGAUCAUUGGUGGGGCUGACAAGGAUGGUAAAGCAUUAAACAAUGUUAUAAUUUAUAACAUCAAGACUGGAAACAGUCAUAUGUUGCCUCCCAUGUUAUACAAGAGGAAAGGAUGUACGGCAGUUGUUAUUGAGAAUACAAUUGUAGUACUAGGAGGGUGUGAUGAGAGAGGGUGGUUUAUGAAAUCAGUUGAAGGUUUCAAUUUUGAGCGAUUUUCAUGGCAGGAACUUCCUGAAAUGAACAAAAAAAGUUACUGCGCUACAGCUGUUGUGAUUUAGAGAUGAUCGAACAUUCUUGGAUAUAUAUUUUGUAGAAUUUUUAAACUUUGACAUAUAUCUCAAACUUUCUCAAAUUUAGCAUAGAUCAAAGAACUGCUUGACUGUUGUGAUGUGGACACGUUCGAAAUUUUUAAAAAAUUUUAUGUAGAGUAGAAUGUUAGAAUGCAUGGUAGAAUGAGAUAUACUGUACUUCGAAAUUUUUCCAGUUUAUAACAUAGAUGAAAGAACUAUUUUAUCCCA